AUGACUGUUUCUUCCACUUCCGAUAUUGAAAUAACCCUCUGGUGCACUUGGGCCCUGACUGUCACUCACGAGAUGCAGAUCAAUGUUGUAAGAUACAGCAAAGUGAUCUCCCCGAAGGACACUGGGCAUAAUGAAGAGAGAGAGGAGAAGUUGCUUGAGAGGUGUCCUCCUGGCCAUGAGGGCACAAAGUUGGUGGAGAUACCCACGACAAUUCUUGAUGCAUCUGGUGCCAUCAUCGCAUGGUAUGUCCUGGAUACCCUGACCGAUGCCACCCAGAAGGAAAUUUGGGCAGCCUCUGAUUUGCUCGCUCCAAUCCUCAAAAAAAGUGUCAAGCUUGAUGGCAAUUGGCGAACUAAUCAAGAGUGGUUCAAACCAAGCUCGGAAAACGAUGUCUUAACUCCCAGAUGCAUCAAUUUGUCUCCAGCAUGGUUUCAACAGGGGCACAAGAAUCAGUCAGAUCUGGAGGUAUCUGCAUCAUUGAAGGGGGCAUCCUCUGAGAAGAUCCUCAAAGUGAUUGUGAGGCCAGCAGCCAUUGCAACAGCAACACUCAGGGUGAUGCAUCCUGAGCAGUACUGGGCAGGCUUGCAAGCCUUUUUGAGCCUCGGAGAAAAGGCAGAAAGCAAGGAACUGCUGAAGAUGUCAGAGACUCUCCAGUACUGGGCAUCCAUGUUUAACAGCCUGUCUGUCAUUUCCAAUUGGGAAACCCCCAAUCAUUGA